CCGGGGGAGAGGGCAAGAGGCAUAAUACUGUCAUAAAGGGAAGAGAGUGAAUAGACAAGGGCAGAGGAUUGAAUUAGAGUUGAUGGAGGAGGGGGAGAGAAUGAGAGUGCGUGAUUGAGGGGUGGAGGCAGAAUUCCAGCGACAAAGGAAGAUAGUGUUUUCAAGAUAGAACGAGAGGGAGAUAGUAAAAGAGCAAUCAAGAGUGUGGAGGGAAAGAAAGGAGAGGGUGGAGGUGUUGAGGAUCUUGAGGAAACAACAGUGAGUGGGAUGGAUCAAUAAAUUCCCGGACAAAUGGCUGAGUUUGAGGAGGAUAAUCUUCAGAAACAAAUUGAUGAGAUAGAAGCUCUGUCAUCUAUCUAUGAGGAUAAUUGGACUGUUGUCGAUGAGGCUGCGAGAAUCUUUUCUAUCAGGAUUAUUGAUCCACUUCCUGAAUGGACUAUUUGCCUCCAGGUGAUGCUCCCUCCUGAAUAUCCAACAGCAGCACCACCUGUUUAUCAGUUAAAUGCUCCUUGGCUGAGAGGUCAUGAGCGGGCAGAUCUGUCUAACGACCUGGAAGAAAUCUACCUGCAAAAUUCAGGCGACUGUGUUCUGUUCCUUUGGGUGCAAAAGAUUCAGGAGUUUCUACAGGUGAAAGCUCAGUCAGAUGCUGCAGCUCAAGGCACACAGAAGGAAACAGAGGAGGCUGAUCACUGGGGAUGCCAGUCGUCUUCUCAGCAAGUUGUACUGAAGGGGAACAUCAGCGAAAGCUUGGAUGAUGCCGAAAUUCCACCGAUGGCCCAUGGGGAGCCAAUUACUGAUCGACGGAGUACGUUCCAAGCACACCUUGCUCCUGUGGUGAUGUUGAAACAGGUGAAGCUAUGUCUUCAGAAGCUAUACGAGAACAAGAAGAUUGCCAGUGCUACACACAACAUAUACGCAUACCGGAUAUACUGUGAAGACAAACGGACGUUCCUGCAGGACUGCGAGGAUGAUGGCGAGACUGCAGCUGGGGGCCGUUUGCUACAUCUCAUGCAGAUUUUGGAUGUCCGCAAUGUGCUGGUGGUGGUUUCCCGGUGGUACGGGGGGAUUUUGCUAGGACCCGACCGCUUCAAGCAUAUCAACAAUUGUGCUAGAAACCUACUCGUUGAUGAGGGUUACAGCGAACUUGGGGGGGAAGUGUCAAAGACGCCAAUAAAGAACAAAAAGCUAAAGAACAAGAAAGGAAAAUAAAUGGAGGAAGUAACAUUGAUAUUUUCUAAUUAAUGGAUAAGAACGAUAUCAGUUUGUCCAGAACUGCCCUACUGAAGCCAAAAUGAAAUACAGGAAAAUAUUCUUGCUGAAUCCAUUUGCUGUCUUUGUACUGUUGUACUCCAGGAAUUUAAUCCAAAUCCUUUGCCUGCAACCAGUUGUAUUUCUUCCUGCCUGUUGCUCUCAGCAAGUGGUCACUACUAGUUGAUGACACCGCCCCCCACCAAGAAGAUUCAGAUCAAAACUUCUUGAUUUCCAGAGCAAGCGUCCACAUGUCCAUAAACAUCGCUCAUGAAAGGAGAGGGUUUGAGAUUCAGCAGCGUUUUUCAGUCCACUGCCAUGUUCCAUUAACAAUAUUGAUUCUUAUUGGAAUGUCAAGGCGAAGAAGAGUUGGUAGACAUUCAGGCCUUCAAGUAGGUGCUAGCUCUUUGAUUCUAUUCAAUUUGUUCCCUUUUCUUUCUCCCACAGCUUUGCCUCUUUUCAGGAAUUUCCAAUUCCCUUCUGAACUGGCUUCCUCUACCUUUCCGGAUAACAACUGGCUUGUCUCAUUCCUGUCCAAUUGUCAGUUGAUUUCAUGUGGUGCUGCAUAGGGACUGGAACUGUGAGGCAGCUGUGCCCUUGUGCUACCAUGUCAUCUGUUCUUAAUCAAUAUUUGGUCCUGAUCAAUAGUACAAUGAGAUCAGUAUAUUUCUGGAAUCCUUGGGUUGGAUACAGGAAGAUCUGAAGUUUGGUGAACUGUGCUCAUGAUGGGUUUUAAUUUUACACCUGAACACGUUGUUUUGUGAAACCCUAACUUUACAAAUAGCUUCUUAAUCUUUUGGAUGAGGCAGCAAAUGUUCUAGUGAUUUAAACAAAUUGCUCAUUUCCAGUGCUGAACCGUUGAACUGACCUGAUACGAUUUUUCUCUGCUUUAAAUAGAAGUGGGAACUGAAGAGCAAAUACUUAGUAGUUAAUUGCCACAUUUUCACUCUAAACUUCAUGUUCUGAAUAAAACAUUAAAAUUGAUUCUA